AUGAUUGUUAAAGUGAAGACGUUGACUGGCAAAGAAAUUUCUGUCGAAUUGAAAGAAUCGGACCUUGUGUAUCACAUCAAGGAACUUUUGGAAGAAAAGGAAGGGAUUCCACCAUCUCAGCAGAGACUUAUAUUCCAAGGAAAGCAAAUUGCUGACGCUAAGAGGUGGGUGUUAAGAUCUUCCCCUAAUGUUUUUGUCUUCUUUUUCAAAAGCGAGGACUAUCCAAGAAUUGUGAAAUUAUUCUGCCCUUAUAUUGAGUUUGAGGAAGAUUGA